AUUUACCAUACUAAUUUAAAAAAAAAAUCCAAAUAGAAUUUAAGUACACAUCCAAUCGAUAUGUACAUACAAUCAACCCAAGAACAUGCCCAAUAUGUUGAGAUGUUGCUGAAAACACAUGUCAACUUUUAGCCUCCUAUUAUUUGCAUCCAGUCAACAUUUGGUACGUUAUUUAAUUCAGAUAUCACACAUUGGUCAGAGAAAUUUUUUAUUCAACAGGAUCACUACUAUGGACCAUAGUUGUCAAAGGCGCAAGGCGCAAAGGAUGAGCCUUGGGCUUCAAUGCAAGACGCUUAGGGUGGAGGGAGUGGUCACCAAAUGAUUUUACAUUGAAGGUGGCAAAUACAGUGGCAUGUGACGAAACUACAGAAGCAGUGGUCAUGUGGCGCGUUCGGUGACUACAUGGGACUAUAUGAUGAGAGAAGCAGUAAAGGAGACCCGGAAGGAGGGCCGGGGGAGAGAGAUAGAGAGAUUCGGUUUAAAGCGGAUGUCACAAGACUCGCAGAGGUGCAACAGGACUUUCGGCAGGCGCUAACUGCUAGCGUUAAAAAAAGGGAGACCCAACAGUAGGGGUGGGGGCCUGAUGAUGCUGAACAUGGAGACUCUUGGAAGCGUUAGCACUCUCCAGAGCCGGAGAAUAAUAUUAUUUCCGCUACCUUUUCAGGGUCAUAUCAAUCCCAUGCUUCAGCUGGCAAACAUUCUUCACACCCGCGGUUUCAAAAUAACCAUUAUACACGCUGAAUACAACUCUCCUAAUCCUUCCAACUAUCCUCACUUAACCUUUAAGCCCAUUAAGGACCACCUUUCCAAAGUUGCUCACGAGUAUCCUACGAACCGAGACGGUACCUAUUUUGUUAGGUACUUAAACAAAAGCUGUGUAGAUACGUUUACGGAUUGUCUGGCUGGGUUGUUGGCAGAACCCGGUGAAGAACGGGUUGCUUGUGUAAUCACAGAUGCGUGUUUUUAUGUCACGCAGGCGGUGGCGGAUGAUAUGAAGCUACCUCGGAUAGUGCUCCGGACUAGUAGUCUCGGUUGCAACCUUGCUUAUGAGGCUUUACCCUUUUACUCUAAAACGGGUAGUUUUUACCUUACAAAACAAGUAGAUAGAUUUGAAGAAUCAGUGCCGGAAUAUCCACUAUUGAAAUUUAAAGAUAUCGCAAAGAUCACAAUCAACCCACAAGGUAUGGGGGACUUAGCCACCAACAUGCUUAACCAGAUGAAGGCAUCAUCAGGGAUUAUAUGGAACACCUUCAAAGAACUUGAAGAAUCUGAUCUAGAAACUCUCUCCCGAGAUAUUCCAGUUCCAAGCUUCACUUUAGGUCCAUUCCACAAGUAUUUCCCAGCGUCUUCGAGCAGCCUGAUUGAACAAGACCGAACUAUUCUCUCAUGGCUAGACAAACAACCUCCCAAGUCAGUAGUGUAUGCUAGUUUUGGAAGCGUUGCACAAAUAAACGAGUCAGAAUUUCAAGAAGUGGCGCAUGGGUUGGCUAAUAUCGGUUUGCCAUUUUUGUGGGUGGUUCGACCAGGGAUGGUUGUUGGUUCAGAAUGGUUGGAGUCGUUGCCUGAAAAUUUCCUAGAAAGAAUGGGCGAUAGGGGACGGAUAGUGAAAUGGUCUCCUCAACAAGAAGUACUAGCUCAUCCGGCAACAGGGUGUUUUUGGACUCAUAAUGGAUGGAAUUCAACAUUAGAGAGCAUAUGUGAAGGUGUUCCCAUGAUUUGUUCCCCAUGUUUGGCCGACCAACCAAUAAAUGCAAGAUAUGUGAGUGACGUUUGGAAGAUUGGCGUAUUGUUGGAAGAUGGGUUUGAAAGGGUGGGAAUCAAGAUGGCGAUUAAACGUGUAAUGAUGGAUAAAGAAGGAGAAGAAAUGCGUGAGAGAGUAAGUUCUCUUAAGGAGAAGGUAAACCUCUCCCUCGCUGAAGGUGGCUCUUCUUGUCGGUCAUUAAACAACUUAGUUGAUUAUAUUUCGUCGUUCUGACUCAAAAAUAUAAGUUACAACACUCCAUACAGGAAAAGAUCACAAAGAACUGGUUAUAUCAAGUAAUCCUUUUCUUUUUCAUUUAAUAAUGGAGAGAGCUGUAAAUGAGAGACAUGUUUUUUUCAAAUGAUUUCAAUUUCAAAUAAUAGACCUCUAGUGACUUGCUUCUUAAUCUGUUAGGCGCCACCUCAAGCAGGAAGCUCUAUUGCCUCCUGUCAAUAAAGCCUACGAUGUGGAAUGGAGCCACUUCCAUCAUUACCUAAUCUUUUU